AUGGCGACAACCACAAGAAUGUUUUGCCUCGUGCUCGUUAUGGUUCUAAUGGGAUGUUGUUGCUCGGCAAAAAUCUACAAAGUGGGAGAGUCGAAGGGAUGGACAGCGAAGAAGGACGGUAGCUAUUAUGAAUGGGCUAAGCGUAAGGAAUUCCAAGUGGGGGAUUCUCUGAUGUUCGAAUAUGAUGGCAACGUCAACGACGUCACUCAAGUUUCCAGUCGUUUGGUUGGUGUUUUUGUCGUUUUUGUCGCCCAUGACCAUCCGAUUCCUCCACCACCACCACCGAGAAAGAUCCUUCCUUUCGGAAAAGAUUACAAGGUCGGUGACUCCAACGAAUGGAGGGUUCCUGAAGAGAGUGACUUCUAUUCCAAGUGGAGUGAGGAGAAACAGUUUCAUGUGGGAGACAAUCUUCUUUUCUACUACAACGACCAAGUCGAUGACGUCCUAGAAAUCAACAGUGAUCUUGAGUUCAAAUCUUGCGACACUAUUUCUCCUGUUGCCGUGCACAAUGCUGGACAAGAUCUCAUAAGGCUAACGAAACCAGGAAUCUGCUAUUUUAUUACCUCAAAGAUUGGUCAUUGUGAGGCUGGGCUUAAGCUUCGAAUUGUGGUGCGACCACUAUCCAAAAGUGUUCCUAAGAAGAUGCAGUUGUCACCUUUCGACCGUCUCAUCAAGUGGCUACACGAUUCCUUCACACCCCACCCCCAUCACUAA